AUGCUUAUAUUUGCAGUCGCCGCACUCGCCGUGACGGGCCUUUCCAACGCACUGGCAGGGGACUCAGACCAACAAGCCGGCUUGCUAGCUCGUGCAAGCAGUCCAAGAUUCCCAUUCGACGAGAAUACAUCUCAGUACUGCACCUUUUGGUAUGAAAAUGAUGGAUCUAUGCCAUGUACAGAGGCCCUCGAUCUUUUCAGUGUGUCUUUAGAAGACUUUGUCCGAUGGAAUCCUUCGGUAACCUCUACAUGCGACAACUUCCUCGAGUCUCGUUCUUUCUGUAUGGAGGCUAGUGGUGAACCUGUUAUCACUACUACGUCCACUUCUACCGAGCCCACGACAACUACGAAACCAUUUAACGGUAAGUUGGAAAACUCUCUCCAUUCCUCUGGCUGGAUGCAUAUUUAUGAUGAACCAACAGGCAUUCAAACUCCCAGUCCAACCCAGCCAGACAUAAUCGACAGCUGUAAUAAAUUCUACUGGGUGAACAACGGCGAGAGCUGCGAGAACGUCGCUUCCAAGAACGGCAUUCCACUGCAAGAUUUCUUAGCCUGGAACCCUAAAGCCGGCAAUCAAUGCUACGGCCUCUGGGCCAAUGCCUACUCGUGCGUUUCCAUUAUUGGUUAUAUCCCACCCACACCCUCUGAGCCUACAAACGGCGUAGAGACACCCACGCCGAUACAGCCCGGCAUGGUUGCCGACUGUAAUAAGUUCUAUUACCUUAAAUCGGGAGACUCGUGUGGCAGUAUUGCCUCUAAUAGCGGCAUCUCAGUCUCUGACCUCAUUAAUUGGAAUCCCGGGGCUGGCAAGCAAUGUACCAGUCUAUGGGCCAAUACAUAUGCCUGUAUAGGCACGCUUCCAGCAUUCCGUAUUAAGACACGAUACCAUAUUGAUUGCACAGGCGACGUUUAUAAUGACGUUUCAGUCAGGGGUGGCAUGUGUAUAAAUACUGGAUGUUCUGUUGGAUCCCUUGAGAUCGCGGCCGAGGGAUACUGCCCAGAUGGCCAGGUUCAGAUUAGCUACUGGGAGCAACCAAACUGCGUUGGCAAGUGGUUUGGGUAUGGGUAUACUAAACGGGGCCAGUGUCGCGGUGUCUGGACUGAUGGAUGGAAGUUCAAGUCGUUAUUUCUACGGUGCGCUAAGGAGGAAGAUGAUUGCGUUAGCCAGGGGACCUGCGCAUACGACCCAGAGCCUGAUACAUCUCUUUGUUAG